AUGAUGACAUAAACCUUUUGAUUGAAGCCUCUACUUCUGCUACAUUGUUCCCACCUUUCUAUAAUUAGUGCUUGCGUUCCAUUCCAGCUUCUCUCUUCUUUUUUUGUCCCUACACUACUUUUUAUAACAAAAUCAUAUUAAUUAUAAUGAAUCAAUUCUCAAGUUUGAGUUUCAGUCUCUCCCUGGAUCAUUCACUUUCAUGCAGAGGGUUCAAUGUCAAAUGAAAAAGUAAUUAAAAUUUCUAUAAAUUCAGAACUUAUAAAAAGUUCUUCUCCUAAUUCACAAGCUAUGUCUUCAGUUUCAACAACCAAAGAUCCCAGAAUUCCUCGAAAAUUGCGUAAAGACAGAAAAUUGGCCUUGCAACAAGAUGUGGAGAGGUUGAAGAGGAAGCUUAAGCAUGAGGAGAAUAUUCACAAGGCAUUGGAGAGAGCUUUGAAUAGGCCGAUGGGAGCCUUGCCUCGUCUUCCUCCUUAUCUCCCUCCCUAUACACUAGGACUUGUGGCUGAAGUGGCAGUACUUGAAGAAGAAAUUAGAAGGCUUGAAGAAAUGGUUUUACAUUGUAGGAAGGAUUUGUAUCAAGAAGAAGUUAACAUGUCAUCCUCCAAGAUGAAACUCGAGAAUUCACUUGAGAACAAUGUAAACCCAAAUGAGAAUUCAAAAUCAGCCAAUGCUGCAACUAGGUCUACAACGACACUUCCCGAUGAUAGACAAGGAAAAGAGAUUCAAUCAUGUACUUCUUCUAUCAAGAGCAGCAAGCAAUCCAUAUGUAAAGGUCCAACGGCGAAAGUUUCUAUUAAGAAAGUUCCAAUCGAUAAUAAAUCAUUACAUAAACGUUCGGAACCUCCCAAAAAGAAGCAGCAGGAACAACGAAAUCCUCGUCUACAAGAAACUCCACAGGAAGAUGAAAGUCCAAAUAUAAUCUCCGAAAAUAUUCUCAAGUGCUUAACUAGCAUUCUCUUGAGAAUGAGUACACUACCUUUUAGGCCUCUAAAAUCUAAAAAAUGUAUUCAAGGGACAGAAUUUUUGGAUCCCUAUGGUAUUUUGGAAUUUGGAAAGAGAGACAUUGGUCCUUACAAGCAAUUAAGUACAAGUAAUAUUGAAGCUGAAUCUUUCAAUCCAAAUCAAACUGCUAAGUCUUUGUUUCUGCUGCAUCGGUUAAAAAUUCUUUUCAGAAAACUGGCAUGUACAAAUAUCGAUAAUCUCAACCAUCAAGAGAAGCUUGCGUUCUGGAUCAACAUAUAUAACUCGUGUAUGAUGAAUGCUUUCAUAGAAAAUGGCAUACAAAAGAGUCCUGAAAAGGUUGUUGCAUUAAUGCAGAAGGCUACAAUAAAUGUAGGUGGAAACUUGUUAAAUGCAACAACCAUAGAACACUGCAUUUUAAGGCUUCCAUAUCACUGGAAAUAUCUAAACACCAAACAGAUCAUAUUAUUAAAGGAAGUGAAAAAUCAUGAAACGGCAUUAAGAAGUACUUAUGGACUCGAAUUGUCAGAACCGCUAGUCUCGUUUGCUCUCUCUAGAGGAACUUUGUCAUCUCCUGCUAUAGGAUCAACUUUUAGGACAUGAACGUACUCAUGAAGUUUACCCAAAAGGCAUGUUAUUAUGGCUUUAUAACAAGCAGAAGAAGCAGUGAUUUGAAGCAUGAAGCAUAUUUGAAGCAGAUCUGAAGGGGAUUUGAAGCAGAUCUAAAGCAUAAGUUUGUUUUCUAAAUCAUAAGUGUUUUUUUUUUCAUUUUAGAAUCACAAUAUCUAUGAAGAUUUUGUUUUGUAAAGUGUGUUUUGUUGUUGUGUUCUGUUCUCAGGUGAUGAACUGAUUUUCACCAUGAGAGGUGAUUCAACUGCUUGAAUGAAAUGAAGACAAUAUAUGAUUAGUUUUUAUUGAUUUUUAAUUUUUUUAAGGAUCUAUGGUUACAGUUUUUUAAUCUGUAUUGUUUAUGUUUUAAAAAGUUGACUUAGAAUUUGGUUACAGUUAUCAAAUGAAGGUUGACAUUAAGAACCUGACAUGAGCC